CAAGGAACAAGGACCAACCCCAGUGGAAAGAAAGAAAAAAGGAAAAAGGAAAAGUGAAACUACAGUGGAGAGUUUAGAACUGGAACAGGGCCUGCCGAACCCAUCCCUGCGGAGUCCCGAGGAAUCCACUGAGUCUGCAGACAGCCAGAAACGACGUUCGGGACGACAAGUGAAGCGCAGAAAAUACAAUGAGGACUUGGACUUCAAAGUGGUGGAUGAUGAUGGGGAAACUAUUGCUGUUCUUGGAGCUGGCCGAACAUCUGCGCUCUCAGCCUCUACACUAGCAUGGCAAGCAGAGGAGCCUCCAGAAGAUGAUGCAAACAUCAUUGAGAAGAUCCUGGCAUCUAAGACCGUCCAGGAGGUUCACCCAGGAGAACCUCCAUUCGACCUAGAGCUAUUCUACGUUAAGUAUAGAAAUUUUUCCUACUUACAUUGUAAAUGGGCCACAAUGGAAGAGCUGGAAAAGGACCCUCGCAUCGCACAGAAGAUCAAGCGAUUCAGGAAUAAACAAGCUCAGAUGAAGCACAUUUUUACAGAGCCUGAUGAAGACUUGUUCAAUCCAGACUAUGUAGAAGUUGAUCGUAUCCUGGAGGUGGCUCACACCAAGGAUGCAGAAACAGGGGAGGAGGUGACACAUUACCUGGUGAAGUGGUGCUCCCUGCCAUAUGAAGAAAGCACAUGGGAGCUAGAGGAAGAUGUGGAUCCUGCAAAAGUUAAAGAAUUUGAGUCUCUUCAAGUUCUCCCUGAAAUUAAGCAUGUGGAGCGGCCUGCUUCUGACUCCUGGCAGAAACUCGAGAAGUCUCGCGAGUAUAAGAACAGUAACCAGCUCCGGGAGUACCAGCUAGAGGGAAUGAAUUGGCUUCUUUUUAAUUGGUAUAACAGAAAAAAUUGUAUUUUGGCUGAUGAGAUGGGCCUAGGGAAAACUAUCCAGUCCAUCACAUUCCUUUCAGAAAUAUUCCUCAGGGGAAUCCAUGGCCCUUUCCUCAUCAUCGCCCCUCUCUCCACUAUCACUAACUGGGAGCGGGAAUUCCGGACAUGGACAGAGAUGAAUGCCAUUGUGUACCACGGCAGCCAGAUCAGCAGGCAGAUGAUCCAGCAGUAUGAAAUGGUGUACAGAGAUGCACAGGGAAACCCCCUUUCAGGAAUCUUCAAAUUCCAUGUUGUCAUCACAACAUUUGAGAUGAUCCUGGCAGAUUGCCCAGAGCUGAAGAAGAUUCACUGGAGCUGUGUGAUAAUCGAUGAGGCUCACCGACUGAAGAACAGGAACUGCAAACUUCUGGAGGGGCUAAAGCUCAUGGCCCUGGAACAUAAAGUGCUGCUCACUGGAACACCCUUGCAGAACUCUGUGGAAGAGCUUUUCAGUUUGCUGAAUUUUCUGGAGCCAUCACAGUUUCCUUCAGAGACUGCUUUCUUGGAGGAGUUUGGAGAUCUGAAAACAGAGGAACAGGUAAAGAAACUGCAGUCUAUCCUAAAACCAAUGAUGCUUCGGCGACUGAAAGAUGAUGUGGAAAAGAACCUUGCUCCCAAACAAGAGACCAUCAUUGAAGUAGAACUGACCAAUAUUCAGAAAAAGUACUACCGUGCCAUCCUAGAGAAAAACUUUUCCUUCCUAACGAAGGGGGCAAAUCAGCAUAACAUGCCCAAUCUCAUCAACACCAUGAUGGAGCUAAGAAAAUGCUGUAACCAUCCCUACCUGAUCAAUGGGGCAGAGGAAAAAAUUCUGGAAGAUUUCCGAAAAACCCACAGCCCUGAUGCCUCUGAGUUUCAGCUGCAGGCCAUGAUCCAGGCAGCAGGGAAGCUGGUGCUGAUUGAUAAACUGCUCCCUAAGCUGAUUGCAGGUGGCCACAAAGUGCUCAUCUUCUCCCAGAUGGUGCGUUGCCUCGACAUCCUGGAAGACUAUCUCAUCCAGAGGAGAUACACCUAUGAGCGAAUUGAUGGGCGAGUACGGGGAAACCUGCGCCAGGCAGCCAUCGACCGGUUCUGUAAGCCAGACUCAGACCGCUUUGUCUUUCUUCUGUGCACCAGAGCAGGAGGCCUGGGGAUCAAUCUCACAGCUGCUGAUACCUGCAUCAUAUUUGAUUCUGACUGGAACCCACAAAAUGACUUGCAGGCUCAGGCUCGAUGUCACCGCAUAGGCCAAAGCAAAGCUGUGAAGGUAUAUCGCCUCAUCACUCGAAACUCCUAUGAAAGAGAAAUGUUUGACAAGGCCAGCCUGAAGCUGGGCUUAGACAAGGCUGUUCUUCAGGACAUCAACCGAAAGGGCAGCACCAAUGGAGUACAGCAGCUCUCAAAAAUGGAGGUUGAGGACUUGCUCCGGAAAGGUGCUUAUGGAGCCUUAAUGGAUGAGGAGGAUGAAGGCUCCAAGUUCUGUGAAGAAGACAUAGAUCAGAUCCUGCAGAGGAGAACCCACACCAUCACCAUCCAGUCAGAGGGGAAAGGGUCCACUUUUGCCAAGGCUAGCUUUGUGGCUUCAGGAAACAGAACAGAUAUUUCCUUAGAUGAUCCUAACUUCUGGCAGAAAUGGGCUAAAAUAGCUGAAUUAGACACUGAAGCAAAGAAUGAAAAGGAAAGCUUAGUGAUUGACCGACCUCGCGUGAGAAAGCAGACCAAACACUACAAUUCCUUUGAGGAAGAUGAACUCAUGGAGUUUUCAGAGUUAGAUAGUGACUCAGACGAAAGGCCCACAAGAUCCAGGCGCCUCAAUGACAAAGCUAGGCGCUACCUCCGAGCUGAAUGUUUCCGGGUAGAAAAGAACCUGCUCAUCUUUGGCUGGGGCCGGUGGAAGGACAUCCUGACUCAUGGGCGAUUCAAGUGGCACCUGAACGAAAAGGACAUGGAGAUGAUUUGCCGGGCCCUGCUGGUGUACUGUGUCAAGCAUUAUAAGGGAGACGAGAAAAUCAAGAGUUUCAUUUGGGAACUGAUCACACCUUCCAAAGAUGGGCAGUCCCAGACCCUCCAGAACCACUCAGGGUUGUCAGCCCCAGUCCCCAGAGGGAGAAAAGGGAAGAAGACAAAGAACCAGCUACUGCUCCCAGAACUAAAGAAUGCAGACUGGCUAGCCACCUGCAACCCUGAGGUGGUCUUGCAUGAUGAUGGCUAUAAAAAACACCUCAAACAGCACUGUAACAAGGUCCUUUUGCGAGUCCGGAUGUUAUACUAUCUAAAAGCUGAAAUAUUGGGAGAAGCAGCUGAUAAAGCAUUUGAGGGAACUCCAGCCAGGGAGCUAGACGUGCCUCUGCCAGACAUUGACUACAUGGAGAUCCCAGUGGAUUGGUGGGAUGCUGAGGCUGAUAAGUCCCUUCUCAUCGGUGUGUUCAAGCAUGGUUAUGAGAGGUACAAUGCCAUGAGAGCAGACCCAGCACUUUGCUUCCUGGACAAAGUUGGGAUGCCAGAUGAAAAGUCCCUUUCUGCAGAACAGGGUGUUACAGAUGGGACCUCAGACAUUCCUGAACGAGGCAGCAUGGAUAAAGAAGACAGUGCUGAGGACAGAUUGGAUGGCCUCCAGAAACAAACGGAGAGUGCCAGUGAUGGAAGUGAUGGCAUUUUUGGUGAAAAGAAAGAUGACAGCCGGGCAGCCCAGGAUGGCUCCGACCCAGACAAAUCGCUCUGGCCAGUUUCAUCUGCUCUCACAGCUCGUCUCCGGCGUCUGGUCACAAUUUACCAGCGCUGCAACCGCAAGGAGCUCUGUCGACCUGAAAUCUUGGGACCAGGUAACCAAGGAUACUGGGUUCAGGAGGAGUUGUUCAGGAGAACCUCAGAAAUGGAUCUCAUCAACAAGGAAGCCCAGAAGAGGUGGACUAGGAGAGAGCAAGCAGACUUCUAUAGAACAGUGUCUUCCUUUGGCGUUGUUUAUGAUCAAGAAAAGAAAACCUUCGAUUGGACACAGUUCCGCAUCAUUUCCCGUUUAGACAAGAAGUCAGAUGAGAACCUGGAACACUAUUUCCAUAGUUUUGUGGCCAUGUGCCGGAAUGUCUGUCGUCUGCCUGCAUGGAAAGAUGGUGGUUCCCCCGAUACCACUGUCUAUGUUGAACCCAUCACUGAAGAGAGGGCUGCAAGAACUCUAUACCGCAUUGAACUAUUACGGAAAGUUCGCGAGCAGGUGCUCAGGUGUCCUCAGCUGCAUGAGCGCCUCCAGCUCUGUAGGCCCAGCCUCUACCUCCCAGUCUGGUGGGAAUGUGGGAAGCAUGAUCGAGACCUGCUCAUCGGCACUGCCAAACAUGGACUCAACCGCACUGACUAUUACAUCAUGAAUGACCCUCAGCUGUCCUUUCUGGAUGCCUAUAGAAACUAUGCCCAGCAUAAAAGAACUGACACUCAGGCAACAGGAAGUCUCUGUUGCCUUUACCAGACCAACUCCAAACUAUAUGAAUCUCUUACCUAUACUCAAAUGAGUAAGACUUCAGAGUCCCUUGGAAGUGAACCUGAGAAUCUGGUGAAAAUAGAAAGCAGAGAUGAUUAUCGAGGUCUGCCUGGGGGCAGCUUAACUGAUGUGACUUGUGAAAACUUUAUUUCUAAAGUUCAGGAUGUCAUUUCCAUCAACCAUGAUGAAAGUCUGCUGCCUGGGUCCUUGGAAAACAUAUUGUAUGGUAAGAAGGGGCUGAGCCGAGAGCCAAAUACCAACACAGAAUCCAGGAAAGAUGCCAUUGCCAUCUCAAUCAGCAAAGAUGGGAGCUGCCAGCCUGGUGAUCAUGAGGCAGAAAUAGCUUCAAGCCCCUCACUGAUGGGUAGCUUAGAAGCAGGAGUAGCUCAAUUGAACAUUAAAAAUGGCAAACAUUCGUUGAUAUCUCUUUCAAAGGAAGGAGAGCCCUGCUGCAGUGAGACAGAACAGAGACCUGAAAGCCUGGAGCUGCUAGAAGCCAAAUGCUUAACUUCCUCUACCUUUGAUGCAGGAAAUGAAACUGGGUUUGUAGAUCUGUGCAGUCUUAGUGUCUGUGACUCCAAAAGAAACCUCUCAUCAGACCAGCAAUUAAUUGAUUUAUUAGAAAGCAAAAGUUUAGAAAGUAAAUUGAUAUUGAGUCAGAACCAGAGUGAUGAGGAGGAGGAAGAGGAGGAAAAUGAGGAAGAAACUUUAACCAUGAUAGCAGGCACCAGAAAGAGGCCAGAGGUUUUGCAUUUCACUGAACCCACCACUAACAUCCCAAGAGGAAAGAGCCGAGGCUUCCAUUUGGAUGAAGGCAAGAAAGGAAGCCUAGAGACAGUAAGCCAGACUCCUGGACCACAGAGGGCCUUUCCUCCAGGGUCCUGUCAAUGCCAGUGCAAACACAUGGAGAGGUGGGCACAUGGGAGUGAGGAAUUUGAAGUGGAAAAACCGAAGGCUUAUACCCCAGACUUGUACAGAAGCAAAGCCAAUAAUAUUACAUUGGAAGGGGAGCCCACUGCUGUUCCAUCAGAGUCAUUUAAAAUGAAACUUGUAAAAGAACCUUGGAAAGAAAGUGCAGAAGGGAAAAAAGGUUUCUCCAUAUAUACUUCUGAGGGAAGUGAACCCAAGUCAGAAGACAUGGAUUUUGAGAAUAAAGAUGAUUAUGAUGGAACCUGCCCUAGUCAAGACUAUCUAGGGAAAUACUCUGAAGAAGAGAGCAAGAGCUCAGCUUCAGGUAUUGCAGGAGACCUUGGAGACGACCCUCAGGAAACUCGGGCUCCCACCAUUGCUCAGCUGCUUCAGGAGAAAACCCUCUAUUCCUUCUCUGAGUGGCCAAAGGACCGUGUGAUAAUUAACCGCCUAGAUAAUAUCUGCCACGUGGUGUUAAAGGGGAAGUGGCCCUCAAGCCAGCAAUAUGAGCCCUCGGGCACACUGCCCACCUCCAUCUUAACCAGCAAUGCUGGUUCUCGAAAUAGCCUCUCAGAGCCAGAAGCAGCAGAACACAGCUUCAGCAAUGGGGCAGUGUUGACAACCCAGAUCCAGAAGGAGAGCUUCUUAGCUCCAGUAUUCACUAAAGAUGAACAGAAGCACAGACGUCCCUAUGAGUUUGAGGUGGAGAGGGAUGCCAAGGCUCGGAGCCUAGAACAGUUCUCUGCCACUCAUGGGCACCCUCCCAUCAUCCUCAAUGGCUGGCAUGGGGAGUCAGCUAUAGACCUCUCCUGCUCAUCAGAGGGGUCCCCAGGAGCCACAUCCCCUUUCCCAGUGAGUGCCAACACCCCUAAGAUUGGGGCUAUCAGUUCACUUCAAGGAGCCCUCGGCAUGGACUUGUCUGGGAUUCUACAAGCUGGCUUGAUCCAUCCAGUGACUGGACAGAUUGUCAACGGAAGCCUCAGAAGAGACGAUGCUGCCACAAGGAGGCGAAGAGGGAGACGGAAACAUAUUGAAGGAGGAAUGGACCUCAUCUUUUUGAAGGAGCAAACCCUUCAGGCAGGAAUCUUGGAAGUCCAUGAAGACCCAGGGCAGGUCAAUCUGAGCACUACACAUCCUGAAGGGCUGGGACCUGCUACCUCAACCCCCGAGCCAGCAGCAGCAACCAACAGCCAGGCCGAGAAAGCUGUUCCCAGCAAGAGCCUGCUUGACUGGCUGCGGCAGCAAGCUGACUACUCUUUGGACAUUCCCAGCUUUGGGGCAAGUUUUUCAGACAAACCAAAGCAGAGGAGGCCACGCUGUAAAGAACCUGGAAAAUUAGACGUCAGCUCUCUGAGUGGAGAAGAGAGGGUUCCUGCUGUACCCAAGGAGCCAGGACUAAGGGGAUUUCUCCCAGAAAACAAGUUCAAUCACACCCUGGCAGAGCCUGGUCUUCGGGAUGCAGUCCCCCGCAGGAGGGGGAGGCGGCCUCGGAGUGAACUCCUGAAAGCUCCCACCAUUGUGGCAGACUCUCCCUCUGGAAUGGGGCCCCUGUUCAUGAAUGGGCUGAUUGCAGGCAUGGACCUGGUGGGAUUGCAGAACAUGAGAAAUAUGCCAGGCAUCCCCCUCACGGGGCUGGUAGGUUUCCCGGCUGGCUUCACCACUAUGCCUACAGGUGAAGAAGUCAAGAGCACCCUGAGCAUGCUACCCAUGAUGCUACCAGGCAUGGCCGCCGUGCCCCAGAUGUUUGGUGUUGGGGGACUUCUCAACACACCCAUGGCAACCACCUGCACCUCCACUGUACCAGCAUCUCUCUCAAGCACAACAAAAAGUGGUACAGCAGCCACAGAAAAGACUGUGGAAGACAAGCUGAGUAGCCACGAUGUAAAAACAGACACACUAGCUGAAGACAAGCCUGGUCCUAGUCCAUUUUCCGAUCAGUCUGAACCUGCAAUAACUACUAGCAAUCCUGUGGCUUUUAACCCAUUUCUCAUCCCAGGAGUGUCACCUGGACUCAUCUAUCCAUCCAUGUUUCUUUCCCCUGGCAUGGGCAUGACUGUGCCAGCCAUGCAACAGGCCAGGCACUCAGAAAUAGUCAGUCUGGAGAGCCAGAAGAGGAAGAAGAAGAAAGCAAAGGGGGACAACCCUAACCCCAAUCCAGAGCCUGCUCUUGGAUGUGAGAAGGAGCCAGGCAAUGAUCAGAACUGCAGUGAGUCCAGUACCCCUUUGCCCCCAGAGAGAGAACACAUGGCACGGGGUGGGGAAGGGGGACUCAAAGACUCAAACAGCAACACCAAUUAGAACUUUUUCAUUUAAGAAAUUGUUGUGACUUGUAAGUUUCUUAUCCCAUAAAGGUUUGUUACUUCCCUACUCCACCUUCAUAAGAACCUGUGUUUCCAUAAGUAAUAUGACCUACCUGAUUUCCUGUCUGAGAACUGUGGUAACAGAUGUUAAUAGUUGCAGGGUCUUGCCACUUCAUUAGAUAAGUGUUGUCUGCCUAGUCUAGGAGGCACAGAAUUCUUCUGUUAUCCAGUUGUUCAUUCCAGCAAUCGUAGUUAAUACAGUACUUGGUGACACGCCCUACCCCCUUUCCUUCCAAGUUUCUCAUUUACCUGAGGAAGAAAAUGGGUAAAGGAAGCUGUUUAGAAAUUGACAUGAAGAGCCAGAGAAGAGAGACAAAGGGAGUUCUUUUUUGGUGUGAGCUAGGUCAAAUAGGAAGAAUAUAAUAAGGAAACUACCAAAAAAGCACAGGAAAAGAAAGUGCUAGUGUAUUGGGUUUGUUUUUUGUUUUUUUUAAUUGUGUCCCUAUUUUAUGAGGUGAGUAGUAUAGUCAGAAGCAUAUAAACUAAUGGUUGAAAUACAUAUAUUGAUUUCUUUAUAAAAAAAACCAGGAACCUUACUGGUAGUAAUAUUUCCCCUUCCUGGUUUUCAGACACCCACAGAAAUACUGGCUGACGAGGCACUAUUUUAUGAAUACAUAUCAUCCCUCUCCCCAGUGAAAAAAUGACUCGAUUGGAGAAAGCUUCACAAGAGUAGGGCAAGUGCUCACACUCCAGAGAGCCGCACACUGCUUCACCAGCACACAACUAGCACUCUGCUUGCACCUCGUUCUCCCAAGAACUUCCUAGCCACUAAUUUGCCUCUCUGCUUUCCUUUACCAAGAAUAAGGCUUUCCAGAGCCUGUGAGAAGAUAAUUGCUCCACUUGCUAGGCUCUGUCAUCAGGGUUAUUUAAGGUUGCAAACAUGUGCACCACCUUUUACACUACAACUGUGAAAAGUCUUUUCCCUCUCCCCAUUAUUUCUCUACUCUGUUUGUAUCAGUGAUCAGUUUAGCAGAGACUCUGUUGCAAGCCAACAGUAUUCUCUCUCCUUCCUUCGCUUCUCCACAUUUAGGAACUGAGCAGGGAAGAACCUGUCCAAGCAGCACUUCAGCUUCCCAUUUUCUUUCACCCUACCACUCACAUCACAUCCCAGCUGGUGGUCUUCUUCAUGGACGGUUCACUCUUGAGACUUGAAAUGAGUUUUCAGCUCAGCACUCUGGGGGCGCAGGGCUCACAGGGCCUGGAAAUGUGGCAGGUGUUACUAGUACCAAUUUCACUUUUUGUUGUCACGAUUUACUGUAUUUUUUUUUUCUGUUUCUGUUACAGUUUUGCUAAU